AUGGACCACACUGCCUCCUGGAUAGACCCAAUUUUGAAGUACAUGGUUGACGGCCUAGCCCCGGACAAUAAGGUAGAGGCCUGGCGACUCCAAUUAAGGUCAGCUCUAUACACGACCAUGAAUGGAAAGUUAUAUAGGAAAGGUCACUGCUUCCCCAACUUGAAGUGUGUGACACCAGAGGACGACCACAAAAUAAUGAAGGAUAUACACGCUGGUGUAUGCGGUAACCAUGCAGGGGCCCGGUCUCUUGCACACAAGACCCUGAGGGCAGGAUACUUCUGGACAAUCAUGUCGGCCCUAGCCCAAACAAUAUCGAGUUCUUGCCACAAAUGCCAAAUGUAUGCAAACAUCCCAAGGGCACCGCCCAUUGCUCUCUCCAUACUCCUUGCACCUUGGCCAUUCUGCCAAUGGGGCCUGGACCUGAUCGGUAAGCUUCCCACAGCAGUGGGACAAUUCAAAUAUGCCAUUGUAGCCGUUGACUACCAAACAAAAUGGGUAGAAGCAGAACCUCUUGUCGCUAUCACCAAGGAGAAAGUGAAAAACUUCCUGUGGAAAAACAUCUACUGCAGGUUCGGGGUCCCUGACACCAUAGUCAUAGACAAUGGCACCCAGUUUAACAAUGAUGAACUAAGGGCUUACACCGAGAACCUGGGCACUAGAAUCCUCUAUGCAUCCCCUGCUCACCCCCAGACCAACGAAAUGCUAUGGGCUAUCAGGACCAUGGCGACUGAGGCUACCGGAGAGAUCCCUUUCUGCAUGGCUUUUGGGUCUGAGGUGGUUCUCCCCAUUGAAACUCAAAUCCAGAGUCCCAGGAUUGAAUACUUCGACACUGGUACCAACUCAGAGGGCCUACAGCUUGAUGCUGAUUUGCUCAAAGAACGAAGAGAUGUGGCUCACAUGCACAACCUCGCAAACAAGCAAAGAAUUGCUCGUUAUUACGAUGCCAAGGUACAGUCCCAGACACUGAAAUUGGGGGACUGGGUCAUGAAGCAGGUUUACCCAGAACCCCGGGGACUUGAUCUAUCCUGGACAAGUCCUUACGAGAUCGUCGAGGAGGUAGGACCCGCGACCUUUUACAUCCGGGACAUGAACGCAGUCGUUUCCCGACAUCCAUGGAAUACACAGCGCCUCUUUUACUAUUACAAAUAG